UACAAUAGACAUCUCUGUUUCCAGUUUUCACCUUCUUAUCUUUCCUUCUUCUCCUCUUCUUUCCUUUUUGACUCCCAUUUUCCUCCAUUCUUAACUCUUUUCUCGAAGCUUCUUUCACAUUACUCCCCACAACAAACGCCGCCACUUUCCUUCUUUCUUGAGAUUGCUUCUACCCAAUCAGUUCUUCCAUCUCUGAUCACGAUGGAUUUGAGAGAUAAUAGUGAAAGAUGUCUUCUGACAGUGGACGCAGAUGAGGGAGAGGAAGGGAUAGAGGGAGGAUCAUUUGAGAGUCCAGCAGGAACACAAUUAAUUGAAUGUGAUGGAGAUAUUAUUCUUGAGCCUUACGAGGGAAUGGAAUUUGAAUCUGAAGAUGCUGCCAAGAUUUUCUAUGAUAAGUAUGCCCGUCAACUGGGAUUUGUUAUGCGUGUGAUGUCCUGUCGUCGAUCUGAAAAAGAUGGGAGAAUACUUGCCCGAAGACUUGGAUGCAACAAAGAGGGAUAUUGUGUCAGCAUCCGAGGUAAAUUUGGGGCAGUUCGGAAGCCGCGGCCGAGCACACGAGAAGGCUGUAAGGCAAUGAUUCAUGUCAAAUAUGAUAAAUCUGGGACAUGGGUGAUAACAAAAUUUGUAAAGGAACAUAACCAUCCUCUUGUGGUUUCUCCUCGUGAAGCUCGGCAGACCAUGGAUGAAAAAGACAAGCAAAUACAGGAACUCACUAUAGAGCUGCGGAAUAAGAAACGGUUAUGUUCGACAUACCAAGAACAGCUUGCUGCAUUUAUGAAAAUUGUUGAAGAACAUACCGACCAGUUAUCGAGAAAAGUUCAAAAGGUAGUUACCAAUCUUAAAGAAUUUGAGUCCAUUGAGCAAGAACUAUUGCAUCCUAGGUAGCCUACCCACUGAAUUCUUGUGCAGUGUGGUCAGUGGCCAUCGAUAUUUGGAGGUUGGUAGCGCACGAAGAACAACGAUAACCUUUCAGAAAGCCCCUCAAAAGGCAUUCUUUACAGUCUACCCUGCCCCACUCCAAACUCAGAGCGAGGUAUAGAAAUGAGCAAUGCAAUAGCUCCUGUGUAUCAUAGCAAGCACUGGCAUGAAGUAGAAGUACUUGCAGACAUCUGAGCGGAGAGACAAGUUUUGAAUGAAGAGACGAUUUUAUUUACCUCUAUAAAUGGUGGAUUUUAUUGAAUAACCAAUGCUUUUUUCAGAAAUUUUGCUGAAAUUUCCUUUGCUUGUAUAUAUGUUUGCAUCUGAUACUGCAAGCUGAACAUCCAAAUCCCAUCCUAGAUGCCCACAUAGCUAAUAAUGAGAGAAGCAAGAUUAGAAUUGUUCCAUUUUGCUUAUUUUACUAGCAUUUUCUUGUACUGUGACUCUGAGCUAUUUGCUAUUUCUCUACUUGUUGCCACGUUUUCUCCAGGUUGAGAUGAUACUUUUAUUUUUCA